AUGGCGCCUCCCACCGACCGAGAUAUCCUGCCCGACACCAUUAAACCUCUCAAUUAUGGCUUGUCUCUUUUCAACCUCGAGUUCGGAGGAUGUUGGAGCUAUGACGGGCUGGUCAAGAUUGAGUCGAAGGUCAAAGACGAAACCAAUGAGCUCGUGAUCAAUGCGAAAGAGCUGGACAUCAAAGGUGCAGAAGUUCUGAGCAAAGAUGGCGCAUCUCCUGUUACUUCAAUGGCCGAUGUUUCUUACGACAAGACCAACGAGCGAGCCACGAUCAAGUUUUCGAAUACGAUCCCCUCGGGAGAUGUCGUGAUUGCUAUCACAUACCAAGGUAUUAUGAAUAAUGCUAUGGCGGGCUUUUAUCGGUCGAAGUAUAAGCCGGCCAUUACUCCCGAUGCGAACACACCGACAGACGGCGAGUACCACUACAUGUUCAGCACACAGUUUGAGGCCUGUGAAGCGAGAAGAGCGUUCCCUUGUUUCGACGAGCCAAACCUGAAAGCAUCAUUUGAGUUCGAGGUGGAGAUUCCUGAAAGUCUUGUUGCUCUGAGCAACAUGCCAGUAAAAGGUGUGACCCCAGGGAAUAAAGACGGGCUCAAGAAAGUGGCAUUUGAGAAGACUCCGGCCAUGAGUACUUAUCUCGCUGCUUGGGCCAUUGGUGACUUCGAGUACGUUGAAGGGUUUACCGAUCGCAAGUACAAUGGCAAAAACAUACCCGUCAGGGUUUACACUACUCGCGGUCUGAAAGAUCAGGGCCUCUUUGCUUUGGAACAUGCCCACCAAACCCUAGAUUACUUCUCCGACGUCUUUGGAAUUGAGUAUCCUCUGCCCAAGUCUGAUCUAUUGGCUGUCCACGAGUUUGCCAUGGGCGCCAUGGAGAAUUGGGGAUUGGUUACUUAUCGAACGACGGCGGUGCUUUUCGACGAAGAAAAAUCGGAUGCUCGAUUCAAGAACCGAGUUGCCUACGUGGUGGCUCAUGAGUUGGCACAUCAGUGGUUCGGUAAUCUGGUCACUAUGGACUGGUGGAACGAGCUCUGGUUGAAUGAAGGAUUUGCCACCUGGGUUGGCUGGCUUGCCGUCGACCAUCUGCACCCCGAAUGGAAAGUGUGGAGUCAGUUUGUGGCUGAAGCUGUGCAAUCAGCUCUCGAGCUCGACUCGCUGCGCGCGUCUCAUCCCAUUGAAGUUCCGGUCCGCAAUGCUUUGGAGGUCGACCAGAUUUUCGAUCAUAUUUCUUACCUGAAGGGAAGCUCGGUUAUUAGAAUGUUGAGCAAUCACCUCGGUCAGGACAUAUUCUUGAAGGGCGUUGGUGACUAUCUCAAGAUUCAUGCGUAUGGCAACGCGCGAACGAAUGAUCUCUGGGCUGCUCUCAGUGCGGCAUCAGGUCAGGAUGUUCAGGCAUUUAUGGAGCCCUGGAUUCGCAAAAUCGGUUUCCCGGUGGUGACUGUUGCUGAGGAACCUGGCCAAAUAUCCGUCCGCCAAUCAAGAUUUUUGACCACAGGAGACGUCAAGCCAGAAGAAGACGAAACGAUCUGGUGGGUCCCUGUCGGGCUCAAAACCGGAACGCCCACAAAAGUGGUGCAUAGUGCUUUGACCAUGAAAGAAGAUACGGUGCGAGGUGUGGAUACUGGAUUCUACAAAAUCAACGCAGAUCAAAGUGGCUUCUAUCGCACAAGUUACCCACCUCCGCGUCUGAUGAAACUUGGUGAAGCGCAGCAGCGACUUUCGAUAGAAGACAAGAUCGGUCUGAUGGGUGACGCGACAGCCCUGGCAGUGGCAGGGAACGGUACUACAGCUGCUCUUUUAUCCCUCCUCGAAGGCUUUAAAGGCGAAGAAAGCUAUGUGGUGUGGUCGCAAAUUGCAAGUUCGUUGACCAAGGUCCGGGCUGUCUUCGCUACCGACAAGGAGAUCUCGGCAGCAUUGAAGAAAUUUACGCUGAAAUUGGUCUCACCCGCGGCGGAGGCGAUUGGUUGGGAGUUCCCAAAGGACGAAGAGUAUCUGACCGGUCAGUCCAGAAAGCUCCUCCUUGGUCUAGCAGCUGGAGCCGGUCAUGAAGGAAUCAUUGCCGAAGGGAAGAAGAAGUUUGCCGCUUGGAAGUCUGGCGAUGCCAGGGCCAUCCACCAGAAUCUGCGUGGAGUUAUUUUCAACCUGGCUGUGGCAAAUGGUGGUCAGGAAGAAUAUGAUACCGUGAAGGCCGAGUUCAAAAGGACAACCUCUGUUGAUGGCAAGGAAAUUUGCAUCUCCGCUCUGGGUCGAUCCAAAAACCCAGAUCACGCUUGGGACUUGCUGGUGUUUGUGACAUCCGAAGAUGUUCCUCCUCAGGAUGCACACGGUGGUAUCGUGGCGGUAUCAGCAAAUAAUGAAACUCGAGGCGUAGCCUGGGAGUUUACAAAGACGAAGUGGGAGCGUGUUUCGAAGAGACUUGCCGUGACCAAUGUGGUUAUUGACAGAUGGAUCAAGAUGGGUUUGCCCAAAUUUUCAGACACAGCGAUCAGAGAUGAUAUCACCGAAUUCUUCAAAGACAAAGACACCGGAGCAUUCAGUCGAAGCCUGGUGAUCGUUUCUGAUACCAUUACCGGCAAUGCCAACUACAAGCAGCGUGACGAGGCACAGUUGCUGGAAUGGCUGAAGACUCACGGAUAUGCCUGA